AUGGGGUCGACCUCAGUCCGCCGCAAUCUCUUCAACAGCAACCUCAGCAAACGCGCCGUACCAUCCGUCCCUCCUAUGCAAGGCGCCAGUAACAACACCUUCAAUCUACAAUCCUCUUCUCAUCCCAGCUCUUCGGAAACGAAUCCAUCGUCGUCAAAUAACACUCGGCCUGCUGAUAGUGACGAGAUCGUGGUCAAGGACAAGAAUGGGAGCUAUAGACUCGAUAUACCCGUGCUCCCUGUGAUCGUGGGCGAAGAUGGGGAGGAGAUUGAAGGCUUUGAUGAGGGACACAAUGGUGGAAGGCCGAGUUCUGCUGUCAAUUCAACGGGGGAGACUGAACUUGGAGGACGUGAGAAAGAGAGGAUUGAGGCCAAUUUGAUAGAGAUGAUGUGCCGCAAUCGGAAUAGGCAGAUGAGCAGUGACCCAGUUGAAAUAUACAACCUAGUCCAGCAGAGCCUUCGAAACAAGGUAGCAGCAUUGGAGGAAGACAAUUGGAUGUACGAACCAGAGGUCGAACCGCGGGUCUAA